AUGGCGUCCAAGUCCAAGAUCAACAGUAUACACCAGACCACAUAUCCGGCCAUCUCUCCAAAGCGUCCGGAGCUGUCAACCCAGGGGAAGAAUGCCUUGAUCACUGGGGGCGCCUCCGGGAUAGGUGCAGCCAUCGCCCAGUCCUUCGCAAAGUCUGGCAUCACCAAUCUGGCCAUACUGGGAAGAACGGAAAAGUCUCUUCUAGAGCAAAAGACCCAAAUUCAGAUUUUGAGUCCCGAGACCACUGUGUGGACCUAUGUCGUGGAUGUUGUCGAUGCUAAGGCUACACAUGCGGCUGUGAAAUCAUUCGCUACUUCUAUUGACGGCAACAUCGACAUUCUCAUCGCCAACGCUGGGUACAUGUCUUCCUUGAACUCCAUUGCCGACUCGGACCCAGAAGAUUGGUGGCAAGGCUUCGACAUUACGGUCCGGGGAAACUUCAAUCUACUUCAAGCAUUUCAUAAAUUCGCUUCUGGGCGGGCAACCGUCAUCCACAUCUCCAGUUCGGCGAUCCAUAUCCCUUUCAUGGAAGGCUACUCGAGCUAUCGGGCUUCCAAGAUUGCCGCCUACAAGCUGUUCGAGUAUUACGAAGAGGAAAAUCCAAGCUUCACAGUCAUCCAUAUCCACCCUGGUCUCAUCGCUGGAACUGCUAUGACGAAGAAAUUUGGUGCAACUGUUGAGAAGUUUGGAUUGGCCUACGACGACGUCGCUCUAUCUGGUGAUUUCGCUGUUUGGGCCGCGAGUGAGGAAGCCAAGUUUCUCAGCGGUAGGUUGAUCUCGGCGACAUGGGAUGUCGAUGAACUCAAGGCAAUGAAGGACGAGAUUGAAGCGGAUAAGACGAGGUUCACAAUUGGCUUGUUUGAAUGA